UCUCCCUCGCCUGCACUGCACUCUUCCUUCCCCCGGCAUUUGCCCCCUUGGCCCCUUACCGCUGGCCCCACUUUCUCUUCAAAUACUCCUCGCCACCAUGUCUAAAGAUUCUAUCAUGUUCCAUAGUCUGCUCGAGUCGAUUGCGUUCCAGAGCGGCGACCGUCUCGGCCAGACAAACUGGAGGCUCUUGAGCGUCAGGGCCGGAGACGACGGCCAAACCGAGGGCUCCUCUAUCGAGAUCGUCAAAGCCGACCCGGACGAGCUCUUUGAUGAGUCUGAGUACAGCGCAAGCGACGACGACAACGACGAUGGAACGGCGCCCAACGAAGCCGUCAAGCUGAUCAGCCAAGCUCCAUCGUCUGCCCUGGCUGGAUUCGUGCCAGCUCCUUGUUCAGACGACAAGCCAGAGCCAAACGUCGACUUGCUCACGCUGCGGAAACGAUUCAGCGAUCUCCUGCGGCGGCUCUCGCAGUACUGCGGCCUCAUGCACUCGUCUCCAUCCAUCACGGUCGCAGACUUUUGGCUCGAGCGCAAGCACCAGUUCGGCGAGCUCAUCAACUUCUUCCUCGACAUCUACGAGCAGUUCCAGAUGCUGAACCAGAAUCUGUCGAGCGGCCGGAUGGUCAAGCGACCGGUCCGAGGUGCAGACUCUCACGGCCACUCGCAGCACCUCCACUGUGUCGCUACGGUGCUCCUCGAUCUCAUGAUGUGCAAACGCGCCAUCGGCACCCUGGAGCUCUACCAGGCCGUCGCUCGGAUCGAAACCGAGCUCACAGCGCCAAAGUUCCACUAUGCAAGUUUCCGGGGUGUCGGCGUCAUGUACGAGGGCCACGCCGCCGAUAUCCAGUUCGACAUCAGCAAGGCCGCCCAGAGCUUUGAGCGGGCCUUGGGAUAUGCCCGCGAAGCCGAGGCCCUGCUUGGAACAUCAAUCGAAUGGGCUAGUGUCUGUGAGUUGGAUCUCUUCAAGACACUCAGCUGGCUCUGCGUUCUCUUUCGUCUCACCAACCAAGUUACUUCGCUCGAGAUCACCACCAAGCAAAUGAAACAAGUCAACUCCACUAUGUGUGAGAUCGCACUGCGCGAAGCCCAUGCUCUCAUUCUCCAGAACUAUCCCAAGCCAGCGGACGCAUCCGCCCCGGCCACCCAGAGUGCUUCGGAGCCUUUGUCCAGACCGGAUCCAGUCCAACCCCGACCCAAGGACCAGCCGCCCCAGCGCCGCGUGACUUUUGCCAAAGUUCUCGCCGUCGAUAUUGAUGACGAGCUCGAGGACAGGGCUAGUACCGAGACUGCAUCCGACGACGAUCCCCAGCCUGUUCCAAAUGCCUCGCCCAAGCCGCUCCGCUCCGCUCUCCGGACCAACGGCAAGUACAGCUCGACGCCGUCUCGAAGUCCAUGGGCGCAUCUCUCCGACACCGCUAGGCUUGCCCGAGGCAACCUGUUCCAGCUGUUUUCCAUCAAGAACACUGGCCACGUCUCCGAUGCACCACCACCGCCCGAGAAUGCAACAGUGCCGCCUCGAAGCAGCACCGGGGGCUCUCGCGCCACUCGGUUUCUAUCCGCCGGCCAAAAAUACCGAUUUCCUUCGCUCGACAGCCUUAGACGCGCUUGGGAAUCGCAAUUUGCGGCAGACUCGCUGCUGCCCUAUCACCAUAAGCCCCGAGACCUGCGGCCCGUCUUUGUGCUGCUGCUCCCAGCGAUCGCCUCCAGCGCCGAAUAUGCGGCGGAGCACUCAUACAACCUCUACUUUGCUCGCCACUACUUUGCCCAGUGCGAGUUUGAGGCACGGACGCUGCGCAUCGGCUCGGCCAGCGUUGAAUACGCCAUCCGACAGAGCGACAUCCUGAGUCGGCCAGGCUCGCUCGAGAUGUCGCUGGCGCACUGGCGGCUCUGCCUCCAGCAUCAGAUGGGUACACAUGGACCUGGCCAUCCCAAGCUCAUCCCUAUCUUCAUCCGCGUGGCCGAGAUUGUGAACCAACAGGCGCGGAAGGACCCGACCCUCUACCGAACCUCAAUCGACCUGGCCAACGAAGCCCUCCGACAGUGCAUGCGCGCCGCCAGCAGCAACACCAUGCUCCUGACCAAGAUCACGCUGCACCUCAGCGACACCCUCGUCCGCAGCAACCAGCUCACGGCAGCGAUCGAGAACCUGCAAAAGGCAGAGCUGAUGCUCAUCCAGCGGGCCGGGCUCCGAAGUCGACAUCCUGUCGAUGCACCUGAUCCUCACAGGGCCGUGGGGGCUGUGGACCAGGACGAAGUGUGUAUGAUCCUGGUGUACUCGCUCAUGGCCGACUGUUACAGACAGACAACGCAUUCGGCCGCCCUGCGCGGCAUUGUUAUCGACAGAAUCCGGGCACUCUGCCGUGAACUCGAGAACCAAGACCACCGAGAACAUCUGCACUGGCAGCAUUCGCCCGCACACCAACAGCAGCAGCAGCAGCAUAGACAACAGCCGUACCACAAUGUGGGUCGCCAUACUGUCCACCCAAGCGAAACGCAGGGUCUCCUCUCGCCCGAGCUCGCGGGGCAGUCGUCCGACCCGACCAAGACGUGGAGACUGCACCUUCCCAAGAUCUCCAGCAAGUGGAUGCAGCAACGCAAGCGCGGCGAUUCCGACAGGACGCAGUACGUGCGUGCCAGACAACGAGACCGCCUCGACUGGAUGCUGGUGGCGGCCGUUGCGGGUCUGGCUCUCGACUACAUCCUGAUGCACAACAACGAGGCAGCCGAACGCUGCGUGCGCGACGAAAUCAUGCGGCGCAAGAGCGAGCACCAGUCGUGGUUCCGUCCGGCGAGCGGGGCCGAGUAUCCGGACACUCGCCCAAGCGCUGCCGGACCCGGACGGUUGUCUCCGCCGAUGGGACAGCCCGCAUCUCUUUCCUCCGAGGCCUCUGUCCGUGCGCACCGCUCGCUCUCAGGAUACGUUGCCUCCAUGUCUGGCCACAAGAUUGCCCUGGACUUUGCCCUCCGAACCCGCCUCCAGUCCGACCGUGUCUGCCACAUCAAAUCAACCCUGGUCUUUCUCGGCUCGCUGCUUGACGACAUCCGGUCCAAUCGCAUCCUGGAUACAGAGCGGUAUCGCGAGGGACUCCAACGUACGCCGUGGACUGUGCUCUAUGCAUCUGCACAUGUUGCUCCGACUCUGUUGCGACACCAAGCACUAUCCGUGUUGGAAUCGGAUGGCUCCAAUCGAGACCGCAGCGAAUCCGGCACCGCUCAUCGACAUGGGCAGCUCCCCAUGGAUAGCACAGCAAAUGCCCUGGAAACUCCUGAUCCGCUAUCGCCCUCAUCCGGCGUAUCCAGAGGCUUCGGCUGGGACAGUUACUUUGACGAGGCAGUGUUUAGCUUGCUGGACGACAUGCACCAAGAUCCCUUGAUUGCGGCGUCCUUUGAGAUGCGGACGCAGUGCGGCCUGCCGGACUGCCACAAGUGGGAAGAUGUGCCUCAGGAGUUCCAGCGAUGCGAACACUGCGCGGUAGUUGCCUACUGCUGCGGCCAACACGCAGAUCUGCACCACGAACAGCACUACUACGAAUGCUCGCGCUCGCGGACGCACCAGUCGACACCAUCAUUGUACCACGGCAUUGCACGGCCUGCAUGAUGCGCUGGCGACGUCGACUGGCGCGAAAGAUACCCCGCAGUCACUGCAAGCCGCCACCGCGAUGGCAAUGAGGGAGGGUGUGGCUCAUGUUAUCGUCUGGCGGCUCCCCGCAAUGCGCACUUGAAUGAUUGUCUCUAUCGCUGCUGUCUUGCAUCGCCCGAGGGCGCAGUGGGUCGUAGGCG